AUGGGGCCAUGCAUUAUCAUGCUGCAACAUGAGGUGAUGGUCGUGGAUGAAUGGCACAACAAUGGGCCUCAGGAUCUCGUUACGGUAUCUCUGUGCAUUCAAAAUGCCAUCAAUAAAAUGCACCUGCGUUCGUUGUCCAUAACAUACGCCUGCCCAUACCAUAACCCCACCGCCACCAUGGGCCACUCGAUCCACAACGUUGACAUCAGCAAACCGCUCACCCACAUGACACCAUACAUGCUGUCUGCCAUCUGCCCUACCCCCUCGACGAAGGCCCCACUGCUCCUAGCUCCAGUGGUUCCGGAGACCCUUCCGCUUCCCGCUCCUUCUCCUGAGACUCCUCCUGCGGCUCUGCCCUCCGAGUCCGCUAGUGCCCUUCUUUCUGAGUCUCCUGUGGCCUUGCCCCCUGAGCCUCCUACAGCUCCACCUCGUGUGACUCCAGUCCCUGAGCCUCUUGUGGCUCCGCCUCCUGUGACUCCAGUCACUGAGCCUCUUGUGGCUCCGCCUCCUGUGACUCCAGUCCCUGAGCCUCAUGUGGCUCCGCCUCCUGUGACUCCAGUCCCUGAGCCUCUUGUGGCUCCGCCUCCUGUGACUCCAGUCCCUGAGCCUCUUGUGGCUCCGCCUCCUGUGACUCCAGUCACUGAGCCUCCUGCGGCUCCUUCUCCUGUGACUCCAUUCCCUGAGACUCCUGUGGCUCCACCUCCUGAGCCCUGGCUUCCUACAUCUCAACCGUGGCCUCCUAACCACCGUCGGUUCCACCUGGGCUUCCUGAAUGUCAGCCAGCUUUACCCUGGUCUCUUGGUUGUCUGCUGA